AUGGAGCAGAAUAGAAGAAGGGGAAGACCUCGAGUUUAUGCCAACGAAAGCGAACGCCUACGCAUGAGGAGACAGCGCGAAACAGAACAAGAAAGGACUGUCCGUUUGGAGACCGAAUAUUCACGCCAGCAUCAAAGGCGACAGAACGAAAAUGUGGAGGACAGGGGUGUGAGACAGCGUGAGAACGCUGAGCGAAUGAGGCAUAGACGCCAGCUUGAAACUUCCGAAGAACGAACUUCUAGGUUGCAAGUUAACGCCCAAAGACAACAGCAAAGACGCGACUCAGAGGACGUUGAUCAGCGAUCUGCUAGAGUGGAAGAGAAUGCCCAAGACAACGAAGGAGGCGUCAGUCGGAAAGCGUUGAGGAGCGACAAGUAG